AAAGUCAAUGUUCAGCGCAAAAACACAAUCGUUAUUAUAAUUACGUUAUUUUUACAAACAAUUAUGGCUUAAAUUAUUGUGUGAUUGAAAUUUAAGUGAUUAAAUCAUUUUUCAAUUAAUUUCACUCAAUGACAAUAGUAUUAUUAACACAAUAGUUUCAUUAACACUAGUUACAUAUAUUUAAUUAAUUUAAACUUUAUACAUUUAUACGUAUAACCUAAUAUGCAUAAUAAAUCAAUCAUCAUCAUCGCAAUAUUGUGUGCAAUAAACAUAUCAUGGUGCUUAACGCAAAAACUUCAAUACCCCAUAUACUAUGCCGAAGACAUAUGCAACGAGACUAUUACCAUGGGUACAGAACCGGGCAACAGUUCAUUCGUGGUAAAACUGACCAAAAACAGCCAGAGCAAAUUGAUCACAUAUUGUAUGGUAGCCGUACGGCUGUCCACCGGCACUGACCAUAGGGUUCACGUCAACACCAAACACGUGAUCGACGCCUACAAGAAAAUUAAUGCCAACAGUCGUAACACAAUUACGGUCACGGAAUUGAGUGAUGGCCGGCACGUGGACAUCGAGUUCAAUGGCCUAGGUGAUGAUAUUGAACUAGUGGUCACUACGUAUCUAGAAAUCGAUGAUGAUGAAAAGUGCCCAAAACACUACUUUCUAUGCGAUAUAAACAAAUGCAUUCACGAAAUAUAUCGCUGCGAUUCCUAUGUUAACUGUCUGUCCGACGAAAGUGACAUCGAGUGCGCAUAUGAUAUCACCCCGAACGAAACCAUGUUGAUCACGAUCAUUUUAGCCAUUGUUGGCUCACUGUUUGGCACCACGUGUUUACUCUCGAGUUACCUGUAUUUGACGUAUUAUAGGAAACGGGAAUCACUUUUGGACAGUAAACAGCUUAACUACGGCACCAUCAAUAACAGUCUGUCCCCCGUCCAGUCCUGUCAACACUCUUUCACUAUAAUUAAAUAAUUUAUAUAUUGUUUUAAAUAUUUGUAACACUUAACAAGGUUAUUUUUAUUUGUGUAAUUAAUUAUUUAAUCGUAAAAUAUUUUUAUAUUCAUGCAAUUUUGAUAAACAACGGACCGCUGGUCACGCAAUCAUACACAACAUUUACAAUAUUACUGACAC